UUACGGAUGGUCAGUUCAGCCAAGAACGACCGAUGAAUUGUUCGCUGUCGCUUAUCUAGCAAAAAAAUUUGGUGUACCUGGUUUAACAAAAUUAAUCGAUUGUUUAUUAAAAUUUCUUCCAAAAUCUUGGAAAUCUUAUGAUAAUAUUUGGGAAGUUGGAUUGAAGGUUAGCAAAUUAUUAGAUUUGGUUCAAACUAGAUUAGCUAUUUUAAAAUUUUUGGUGAAUUUUUUAUCAAAUAUUGAUGAUAAUGAGAAGACCGAAAGAAUUAUAAUGAAAUUGGAAAAAGAUGAUUUAACGGAGGUUGAACAAUUAAUGAUGGAGGUUUAUGGGCAGUUGAACACAAAUGAAAUAAGACAAGAAAGUUGUGAUGAUGGUGAGGAUGGCUCAGAAUCUGACUCUUCAGAAUCCGAAGUAUCAUGUGAUGUGGGCCAGACGAAGGAUGUGUUAGAAAAGCAUAAUUUAGGAAAUAACCAGUUCAAUAUCGAACAUAAAAAGGAAGCUACUGGGGAAUGUGAAGAGUCCUCCAGUGAAUCAGAUGAUGAAUCUAGCAAGACAAAGGAAAUCAACGCUGGCGAGGAUUCUAUCACAACCUUAAGCUAA